CUCGUCAAAGGAAAUGCCGCUCGAUCCGCCCCCCGGGGUCAAUCACGUUCAUAUAUGAACUGCUAAUCAGACGCUGGUUGUCACCUGCUUGAUAGUCUCUUUUAAACUGAAAAGCAUUUGCCUUUUUACAUCUUCAAUUGUCAUAAUUUACAAGAAUGAAUACUUCCUCAACAAUUUUUGUUUUGGGCCUGGCCGUUCUCCUGGGUUAUCUCUUCCACACACCCGUACCACAGGACAUGGUAGAUCAAUGGCACUACAGAUUUAUGAUAGCUGGAAUAAAGGCAGGAGCACUCAUUGCGACUUUUCGAACUUAUGUAAACCCUGGUGAUGAAGGAGCCUACUACCGAACCUUUAACUACCUAUAUGGAGUGCUUUUAAAGGCCCCGGACUCGAAGAUUCAGGGUUCGAACGUCGAAGCACACUACACUAUAUUUGACGGGGUUAGGGUCUUGGUCUAUACACCGCUUACUGACAGAAGAAACCUUUCUCCCGGACUGAUCUAUUACCAUGGAGGAGGAUUCGGAUUUGGAUCUACAAAGACCGCUGGUCCGAUUACAAGAUAUCUCGCCGAGCAGCUUAAUAUGGUGGUCGUAUCUGUCGACUAUCGCCUUGCACCAGAAUACCCUUUUCCAGCUGCGGUAGAAGACAGCUUCAUAGCAACAAAAUGGUUUCUUAAUCAUGCUCAUGAAUAUGGUGUAAACGCUAACCGCGUGGUCAUAAGCGGCGAUAGCGCUGGUGGUUUUCUAACAGCUGUCAUCAGCCAACUCGUCCACGAUGAUCAAUCUAUACCUAACAUCAAGGUCCAAGUUCUGUUUUAUCCAUGGACACAGUGCUUUGACUUCAACACGCCGUCUUACCAGAAAUACGUGGUCGAUCAUGGGGAUUCUGGUUUGGUGGCGAAGCCUCGUAUGGCCGAGUUUCUCUCCGCUUAUCUCCUCGGAAGAUUCGAUGGUCCAUUCAUGAGGCAGAUGCAAAAGAACGAACAUGUAAGUAAUGAAUUCAAACAGUCGAAAAUCUACAAGACAGUUCUCGACCAUGAUAUCAUUCAUCAUCGUUCGGGAGUGCCUUUGACUUCUUUACCCACUCAUCAGGAACCCUUGAAAGGAGGCAAUGACACAAUAUGGGAAGAGAUCAAAGACCGAAUGCUUGAUCCAAGAAUUGCUCCUCUUUUCCGGAAGAAUUUUAAAGGUUUGCCUGCCGCGUUCAUCGCAACUGCAGACCUGGACAGUCUACGGGAUGAUGGAAUCUUCUACGCCAGACUUCUGGUUGAUGCUGGAGUGAAGGUGGAUUUGAAGAACUACAUUGGAGCUUACCACGGCAUCGUAUCUGCUGGUCCUAUCCCAAAUAUACCGACCGGUGUAAAAAUUGUGGAUGAUGCCAUUCAUUUUAUUAGAGAUAAUGUAUGAACAUCCUCAUUGCAGAGACGUAUGAUGUUUUCUACAUUAAAUCCAACGAGAAAAUCAGAUUUUCAAUUCAUAUCUCGAAGAACUCUAUUUUGGCAUUUACUAUAUGAAUUCAACCAUGUUAAGGUUAGUUUUACAAACCAUUGAAUUGCUGUGGACUUACGUAGUGAAUGAAAAUUAAAGUCUGAUCGUGUGACUCAGAUUCGAACCACAUCGGAUUCGAACGAACGUGAUUAGAGUACAACCAGCAUGACCAGUGGCGUGGGAGAAAAUGACAUCCAUUUGGUAGUAAAGACCCUUUUUCUAUUGUCAAAAUUGUUCUUGGACAAACUGCCCCUCCCCCUUGAAAAUCCUGGAUCCGUCCCUGAAUAUAUUAUAACCACAGGUCUUUAAACUUUAGUCAGAUUGGUCACUGCCCUCCAUCAAAAUAACAAAUUACAUUCUUGCCACGUCGUUGCCAUCGUUUCAUAACUUUCAAAGAUAUGCAAUGAUGUCAUGAUUGUGGUUAAAUGUACUACAAUGAUAAUGGAAAUAAGUACAGGAUAGAUGAAUUUGUUUCUUACGAUACUGAAAUUAUUUGCAAUCUCUUUACAAAAUAUAAUUUUGGUUCAUUGAUUUUCAAAGUACGGCGCGAGUCAACAGAUGCACUUAUAAGAUGGGGAUUAGUUUUGUAAUUAUUCUUUGUAUUUUAUUAGAUAGAAUACUUCUUCCAGUUUCAAAAACAUUGAUAAAAAAUUUGAAAUUGUUGGCAUCCUAUUCACUGUUCUCGAAUCGAUGAUUUUUAGUCCACUUGUCAAAUAAAGUUGUAAACCUCUGUGCCAUGUAUCUAAUUUAUUUCUUUCGAGAGAAUCUGUCUAGAUAGAUUAAAAAUUGCUCAGGUACGUAACACCUGGUGAUAAAUGUGUAUUCAUUAUUACCGACCUAUAUCUGUUCUCUCCUAGCUGUAUUUCCAAAAUUUUGGAAAAUAUUUUACGCACUGUCAAGUUCCUUGGUAAAUGUAAUAUUUUGGGUAGCUCUCAGUAUUCCGAACAAAUGUUCAAGAAGUAUGGCUCUUACUGAUAUUUUGAACACAAGUGUAGACGUGUUUGAACGCAAUUCUUGUUGGGGUUUUGUCGAUUUGUCAAAGACAUUCGGUAGUAUAAAUCAUGAUAUCAUGUUAGCUAAAUCAGACAUACGGGAAUCGAUGAAUAGCCCAAGAUCAUAAGUUAACACAUUAUACUCAGAGCUUAAGCUGCUUACAUGUAUACUGUAAAACAGCAAUGUAUUUAUAUUUAUCACUUUUUCAAUCGGCUUAUACAAUAUAAUGCCUGUUCAUUUUUCUCAGCUGUUUGAUACAAUUCAGAAUGUAUAUAAAUACAAUACAUGCUCCUCUUCAUUAAUUCAUUUGCCAAGACACAGGACGUGUUUCUAUUAGCAUAAUAUUCGUUUAAAGGUCCAAAAAAUGGAACAAUUAAUCUAAAGACCUCAGAAAUUCACCAUAUUUGAAUUGCUUGAAGACGAAACUUACAAAAAAAAACUUACAUACGGUCCCUAUAUUGAGGGAUUUGCUUAGUUACAGUUGUGGGUUGAUUUGACGAUUUAUUUACUGUUUCAUUUGAUGUAAUGUAUAUAAAUUUGCCCUGAAUUGUU